CUUCCCCAGGGUUUCAGUGCCGCUGGUGGGAGCUUAGCCCUCCCUCUUUGUGCGUGUGGGCUCUACUUAAUUUUCCAUUUUAGUCCUUAUCUAGUUGCUCGGUGAAGGUGAGAAGGUCGACAGUUGAAAGAGAUCGCAGCAUCUAAAUGAGGAGUGGGUAGAUGGGGCUUUGGAAACCUUGGCUUUUGGUAAAGGGUGGCGUGGAUUAGGGUGGUUUUAUGGCUGGGAUUGGGUGGCUUGCUCAAAGUGGUAUUCGUACUGGCAGAAUCGUGAGACGAGGAGGCCAAAGUUGGCUUGUGAAUUGGCAAAAUAAAGCCGGGGAUUUGGCGCUUCCAAGGAGAUUUGGUUAGAUUGGCAGGGUGGAUAGUGAUAGCUAGGUGGCUUGAAGACAACCCAGUGGUGCUCAACAGCAAGGGCUUGUUUUAUGAAGCUCUUCCUGGGCGGUGAUUAGUGGUGGGUGUGAUGUAGAGAAGUUGACUUGUUUUCGGAUGGUUGGUUUCAAUGGAGAAAGUUUGGGUGGUGGCUGGUUUUCUGAGCAAGUUUGCUUGGUAUCUCAUGUGAGGAUUUGUGUGGAGACAGAUUUAGUUUGGGCUGGAGUCAAGAAUUUGAGGUUGUUGUGGAGAAGGUGCCCCACAAAUGUGAUUAUGAAUUUAUGAUCAUCGAUUUUAGAAUGCCUUUCUCACCUAAGGAGUAGGGAAAUUGUCGCAAUUGAAUUUUUGUAAAAAAUGGCAGUUUUGAAA